AUGUCCGCCUCGUCCUCGUCCACACACCUGGGGUCGACGAGCGGUCAGGACGAGCUUAUACCCCUCGGACACAACUGGUUCAUACAUAACCCUAACUUGCGCUCCGUCCGCGUGCACUACGAAGCGAUACCGAAGGAUCACCCCGCGCUGCCCGCCGCGGAGCACGCACUGGAGAAGAUCGUGCGCGUCCUCGUUCGGCUGCACGGAUGUCGUGCAUCUAUCGUCCCCUGUCUGCACCGUGCGGAGCGCGACAUGCAGGACCUCCCUGUCGUCCUGCACGCGACGCUGCUCGACGUCGAGGUCCUGGAGAUGCUGCACCUCAUGAACAGCACGAUCCCCGUACACCUCUACAUCGGAGACCCGCUCACGACGGGCACCCCAUUCGACGCCUACAGCCCGGAGAAGCUCGUGAUUCCCAGCGAGCUCCGCCCGGGCGACCCUAUCUUCUGCGCGAGCACCGAGCGCGUCACGGUGUUCACCGCGUACCUCCACCUGCCCGACGACGGCGCGCUGUACGGCCUGACAGCCGGGCAGGCCGUCGUCUCCCAGGCUGGCUUCCUCCCACAUCCACACCUCCUGCCACGUCCCGACAAGCACCAGCGGCGCAUGCGCAGCUCACAGCUCGCCCUCCAGCCGCUCGGCUGUCCGCUCUCAAACCCCGCCGUCAAGAUCGUUGAGCGCGCGAUCGAGCUCAUGGCGGUCCAACGCGAAAUGCUUAGCGCGGCGACGAGCCCUACCAGCUCCGAUGGCGCGACGAGUUCGCGAUCGAACGACAGACAUAUCGCGCGCAAGCGCCAGCACGACCUCGAGCGCGUUAUCCUGCAAGAUUCGCUUGCACGGGCGCACGAAUACGACGUCGGCCAGGCGUGCGCCGCCGAGGCCCUCAUCCGGCCAUGCAACAGCUCCUCACACGGCGGCUCUGCGGCACGGCCCUCCCCACGAGGGAAAGACAAAGACCCCGACCACACGCACCUGCUCUCGUGGGCGCUCAUCCGCAUGUCUGCAAAGACGUGCGACAACGCCGUCACGCUGCGCGCGCACCCGGGGCGCCUGGAGUGCGGCACCACGGUCGCGAUGCAGGUGAACGACCCGAACCUCGAGCGCCCGCUCGGGCCGUACCGCGACGGCGUGGUCAACGGCGCGCCCGCAAGCGUCGUCUUGGGGGGCCACGUCGCGCGCGAGUGGGCCGUGUUCCCCGCCGCCGGGAAGGGCGUGCGGUUCGCGGUGCGCGGCGACGCGGGCGCGCUCGUGACGGCCGUCGGGCGGGCGGGCGAGCGCGACGGCGGGACGUCGACGCCCGUGGCGCUCUUGUAUGCGAUACCGGAGCGGGGGCCGUACGGGCUUGUGACGUCGCUGACGACGAUAAUGCGGCGGAUCCGGGACGUGACCGGUCUGGAGCUGCGGUUCCAGGGGAGUUGGUGGAGGGAUGGCUAUGGAUGA